AUGGCCGCCGCGGGCCCGUCCGAGGACGCGGACGAGGACGAAGACGCGAGACUAAUCCUCCUCGAUUCCUCGAUGGACGACGACGCGGCCGCGGCGUCCCUCCGAUCAGCAGACGCCGAGGCGGUCGUCCGAUCGGAGGAGGCGGACGCCCCGGACGCGCGCCUCACGCGCGCGCUCGUCGCGUCGCGAUGCCUCCCACCGGCGUUCCUCGACGACGCGGACGACGAUGACGUCGCCGCCGCGGUCGACGCGCUGACGCACGUCCACCUCGACCGCGCGCGCAUCGCGUCGCUGCUGGACGAAGCCGACGACGGCGUCGGGCCGAGUCGCGCGCUGCCGCUUCGCGCGGCGCCGUCGUUCGCGCUCGUCGCGUCGCUGCACUUGCAGCGGAACCGGCUGACAACAACGCGCGGGAUCGACGAUACACGCACGCCGGUCCUGCGUUUCUUGACCCUGGAAGGGAACGACCUGAUUGACCUCGACGGGCUCCGCACUCUGCGGCGCCUCAUGUUCUUGGACGUGUCGAACAACGCGCGCUUGGACGCGUCGGAGGCGGUGCUGCUCGCCACGCCGGCGUCGACGCGGUUUUUGAAGACGGCGGGGUGCGCUUCAUCUUCAUACACUGGUUCCCAUACGAUCCCGUUCGCGUGGUGGACGUCGAUCCUUAAGGACUUGACGUCUCCCCCGUCGUCGCGCUAUCACUCUUCAUUCACCCGCGCGUUCCUUUCGAUGACGUCGUGUCGAAACGCGGCGCGCGACGACGCGUCGACCCGCGCGGCGCUCGUCGCGACGUUGCCGUCGCUGCGGGAGCUGGACGACGUCGUCGUGAGCGCGCGCGAGCGGCGGGAAGCGAAGGCGACGUUCGGGGAGGAAGACAGCGACGACGCGGACGACGACGACGACGAAGACGCGGCGGCGGCGGACGACGACGACGGCGGCGACGUCGCGGCGGCGGCGGACCGACUCGGGCGACUGGCGGUCGGCGACGACGGCCGCGCCGCCGCCGCCGCCGCCGCCGCCGCCGUGCUCGCGCCCUCGGGGUCUUCUGCGACGGCGGCGUCGGAGGACGACGACGCGUCCGUCGAACGCCUGAGGGCGCUCGCGAGGACGCUCGCGGACCCCUCGCUGAGCGCCGUCGGCGCGAGGGACGCGGCGACGGCGGCGACGACGAUCGACGCGACGCGAGCGCUGCGCGCGGCGAAGGACUCGGCGUCCGCGCGCGGGCUGACGCGCGCGGACGAGACGAGGGACGGCGAGAUCGACGUGGACGCGAGGGUGAGGCAGGGCGCGCGGAGGCACGGGGCGUCGCUGCGAGAGGCGAACGCGCUGCGAGGGAGAGACUGA